AUGGUCCCCCACGACUUAAAAGAGUUGUUUGCCUGCCUCCUUUCCCCAGCUGAUUAUAGGCUGUGGAAACAGAGGUGGAAGAAGUCGUUAGAGACCAUCCUUCCUGAGCUGUUGCGCAGCGAGGAGUCCGCGGUUGACGCGGAUGAAAACCCCCUCUCGAUAGAUCACUUGUGCGGUGAAGGGAAUUGGGGGAAGCCAGAAGAACAGGCAAGGGUUUUACCCCAGCCUGUCUUAGCUAAGAUCACGGAGGCCGCAGAGAAGGAGCAAAUAGAAAGACAAGUUGAUAAACCUGAGCUACAAGAGCAGCUUGUCUUAGAAAUGGCUAAGGCAAACUGUAAUGACAUCUGCAAACAGGUUAUAUUUAGUUUGCCCAUGUAUCCACCGCCAACCUUGGACGUCCUCAUUGAUGCAUGUGAGAAGAAAGUUCCGUUAGUGGGGGCGUCCAGGGUACCACCACCACCACAGGCGGCCAGGAGAACACCAACAGCGGCAGUGACCCAACACCCGUCGGGCCAGUUCAUCCUUCCACCAGCAAGAACUACUCAGUGUUACCGAUGUGGACAACUGGGUCACAUGGCGAGGGACUGUCCCACCGCCCACCUACGCCAGGGGCUCGUGGGAAAUGGAUCUGGGGAGAGGGUACUGGAGGGAACAGCUAAUAAAAAAUAAAAAAACUGAGAGCGCGGCGCGAACCUGCCCCGCGCGAUGCAAAAAAUGGGGCAGGUAUCGCGGAGGUGGGGGGAAAGAAACAUCGGACGUGGCAAAUUUACCGGACGCGACACCUUAUCACCGUCAAAGACAUCCUCUUCCGGUCCCAGCACUGGACGGUGGUAGCUGUGGACCCACUGGAGGAGAACCAGCCAGGGAAUGGACACGACUGUAAGUUUAUCGCCAUCGGGGACACAAGACACACACCCCCAGAGAUUGAGAUCUCCCCGAUCACCUUCCCGGGUGGUCCGGAAGAUCUCAUCCUCUUAGCGCGCUGCAUUCACCCACCAUAUUUUCUCCCAAAAGGGCAAAUCAUAGCUCAGUACA